UAUGUUAUAAGCAUAUUAUUCAUGCAUAAAUAUUAAAGGAUAUUUAAUAUCUAUGGUUUCAUGCCCGUUUUUCGGAAUGCCAAUCGGCAAGGCUGAGCGCGGUUGGUUCCGUGGCCGACACUCGACCUACCCGGCUGCUAAGCUUGUAUCGUGGUCCAUGAUGACAUGAUCGAAUUCGAAUUCUAAUUUCUCUCUCCAAGACGUCGUGCGUUGCCAAGUACUAAUUGUCUGAUAGCUACCGCAAAUCACAAUAUUCUUAUAAUCUGUAUUUCUGUGCCUGAGCUACAACUUUACUGUCUUAACAACUAAUGUCGAAUAGUAAUUAUUUAUAAUUUAAAUGGUUUCUACAAUUAUAUAUGGUUUGUUUUUAUUUUCGUAUCUAUUGCUACUAAAAUUCGACACAUCAUUCAGCACCAAGUACUAUCCCGAAUUGCUACAACAUCUCUAAAUUAGUUACCUAGCAGCUAAAUCAUAAUACAGUAACACAGUGUCAUUGUGAAUGAUCAGUAACUAGAAUUGAAAACCAAUAAGGACAUACCUACUUCAAUAUGGAACCUUUAAGAACAUCUUCUAGUGAUCCAGUAAUAAAUUCCAAUUCUAGAAUGUUGAAAAUUCCACUAAUUAGAUGUGAUGAUCAAAUUAUCAAACGGGAAAUUAUAGAUGAAAUAAACCAUAAAUAUGAUAUGAUUCGCAGUUCUAUAGUAAUUCCAUAUAUCAGAUGUGAUGAUCAAGUUAUUAAACAGGAAAUUAUAGAUGAAACAGACCAAAAUGAUGAUAAUCAUUUAUCAAAAAUAGGAACUGUAAGUCAAUUUGAAGAUGAAGUUAACAAAACUGAAACAAAAAUAAAAAUAGAAACUGAUUAUAUCAAUGGUAAUGUGUUUGAAGGAACUGUUUCUAAUGAAAACCAUACUUCUGAAUUUAUUACUCAAAUGAAUUCGGACAUGAGAUCUAAUUCAAAUAAAUAUCAAAGGCGUAAGAAAAUUCAUACUGAAAAUAAUCAUCAGACAUACAAUGUGAAUGAUAAAUUAUUGACGUCAAAAGAGAAGAUUCAUAGCAGUAAAAGAGAAAAGGCAUUUGUUUGUGACAUUUGUAAUAAAUCAUAUUAUACUAAAUCAGCUAUAAGAGGUCAUAUGAUAAUACAUACUGGAGAAAAGCCUCAUAAAUGUGAUAUAUGUAAGAAAACUUUCUCUCGUUUAGACAGUUUACGACUCCAUACCAGGACACACACAGGAGAAAAGCCAUUUAAAUGUGAUGUGUGUGAUAAAAAAUUUACUUACUCAUCAAAUUUAGUAACUCAUUCUAGGAUACAUACCGGARAUAAGCCAUAUAAAUGUGAUACAUGUAGCAAAAGGUUUCCUUCGGCAUCAAGUUUAUCAAGGCAUAAAAAGGUUCAUGCUGGACUAAAGCGGUUUAAAUGUGAUACCUGUGAUCGAGAGUAUUCUCAAUUGAUACAUUUAAUAGUCCAUCUAAGAACACAUACUGGUGAAAAGCCAUAUAAAUGUAAAAUAUGUGAACGAGCUUUUUCUCAUAAAGCAAAUUUUAAAACCCAUAUGAGAACACAUUCCCCAAAUAAGUGUUAUUAUAAAUGUGUUUUAUGUGAUAAAGGGUUUUCUAAUUCAUCAAAUUUAAGUAAACAUAAUAGGACACAUACUGGUGAAAAGCGAUUUAAAUGUGAGAUUUGUCAUCAAAUGUUUUCUCAAGCUGGAAAUUUAAAAACCCAUAUGAGAUCACAUACAGGAGAAAAACCCUUUAAAUGUGAUAUAUGUAAACGAACGUUUUCUCGUGCAGAUCAUUUAAAAACCCAUAUGAGAACACAUGCUGUUUAAAAGCCAUAUAAAUAUCCAUGAGAACAUGUUUAAAAGUACAAACAAUGAUGCAUACUGACAAAUAGCUAUAUAGAUGUGAAAUACAAGACGACAUUUUAGAUUUGGGAUUACUACUGUUACCUACCUAAAAAGUACAAAAGUAUGUAUGAGAUGGCACGCAAUUGUGACUAUAAUAUAGGGGUACUUAACUAUGACUAAAACUAUUAAGUCAUUGAUAUCAAAAUCAUGUGGAGGUCAACAAUGGAAUGUGGUGAAUAAGAUAUAAAAUUAAUCAGACUAUUAAAGUGUUUUCACACGUUUCUUCUUAGUAAACAAUUGUAGGCCCAUGUGAAAGAAUACGAAACGGCCAGCAUAUUAAGUUCGAGACCCGAAUUUCGACGUAUAGCAGGAAAGUCACAACCACUCCUAAUGACCGAAUCAUAUACAUACAAGACAGACGAGGACAAGAGCUCAUCAGAUGAUUAGGCAGAUGGGACUAAACAAGACACUUGGAGACGGACCAUUCACAGUCUUAGCAAAUUACAUUUCCUAGUCAGGACGAAACACCGCUCACCAUAAUGUAACAACCAAUUAUUGUACUUUUAAAAAAAAUUAUAAUGUAAGAAUACACACUGAAUAUCUGCAGUAUAUGUAAUUUCAAGA